CGCGAGGCGGGGCGAGGCGAGGCGAGGCGGGCGAGGCGCGCCUUCCUUCCUUCCCUCCUUCCUUCCUGAGCCCGCUCUGCGCUCCUUCGUUGCACGCGCGCUGGCGACACCCUCGGAUGCCCGAGGCGCCGCGUGCACGGGCAGGGGCUUUUCCACCUGCGCUCCUCUCGCGCCAUCCUGGAGCUGGCACCGCGACGGCUGCCCUUGUCCUGGGCUUGCGCUGGGCGAACAAUGGGCUUGCAAGAGGCGACAGCCGCCGCCGCCGCAGCAACGGCAGCAGCAAAGCUUGCUGCAUAAAAAGGAAGCGGGGACGCCUCCUCCUCCUCCUCUUCCUCCUCCUCUGUAGAGGGGAAGCCAAGUCGGACUCUACCAAGCUGGUCACAGUUGGUUUGAUCGUCGCCUCUUUUUCUGCUUCUAUCUGCAGUCUGUUGGCCAUCACUGUGGACCGGUACCUCUCCCUUUAUUAUGCUUUGACUUACAAUUCUGAGAGGACGGUGACUUUUACCUACAUUAUGCUUAUUCUGCUCUGGGGUGCUUCAAUCUGUGUGGGAGUUCUGCCAGUCAUGGGAUGGAAUUGCCUCAAAGAUGAGUCCACCUGCAGCGUUAUCAGGCCCCUCACUAAAAAUAAUGCGGCCAUCCUCUCGGUCUCUUUCUUGCUUAUGUUCGCUCUCAUGUUACAGCUGUACAUUCAGAUCUGCAAAAUUGUGAUGCGCCAUGCUCACCAGAUUGCCUUGCAGCAUCACUUCCUAGCAACUUCCCACUAUGUGACCACCCGGAAAGGAGUAUCAACUUUAGCCAUUAUCCUGGGAACCUUUGCUGCUUGCUGGAUGCCUUUCACACUCUAUUCUUUAAUAGCUGACUACACAUAUCCCUCUAUUUACACCUACGCCACCUUGCUUCCAGCCACAUAUAAUUCCAUCAUCAACCCUGUUAUAUAUGCUUUCCGGAAUCAAGAAAUACAAAAGGCACUUUGGCUCAUCUGCUGCGGCUGCAUACCUUCAAACAUUUCUGCAAGGGCCAGAUCACCCAGUGAUGUUUGAUUAACGGUGCAGAGGACCACUGUUUAUUUAGCAUUGUGAUGUGUGAGCCCUGCUGCUCUCAGUAACAUUGUACAUAAUAGAUUCACAGUCAGUCUGUGGGGAGUAUUUACAUUUUUUUUAAAAAAAGCCUGUUGACCAAAAUAAACCACGUUGUAUAAGCCCAGGAACAAUCCUGGAAGUUGCAAUAUUGUUUUUUCUGGCAAAGCGUAAGUAUUGCUUAGAUUUUGUCCUUUAGUUUCUUCCAAGAUCCAAAGAGAAGUGAGCUCUGUGGAUCAUAAGAAAUGGAUUGGUAGAUUUGCUUUCUCUGUUUGAAUGAAUAGAAGCCACUUGCAUUAAGAGCUGUGUGUGUCAGAUGAAUGGUAACAGAGGCAGAAGGCCUCUUAUAUCAGAUUCUAUGGAACAAAUAUAGGAGAUGGCAAGAGACUUGUGUCCUGCUCAUAGAUUUUCAUGUAGCAUCUGGGUUGGUCACUGUAAGAGCCGUAUCCUCAGGUGAACAGUGGUGAUAUCCAGCAGCAUGUGUGAGCACACACACACUCCAGAUUAAGUAACUUGCUUAAAAGAGUUCCAUGGAUUUCAACAGCAGUCGUUACAUUGAGUAAAUGUGUUUCUGAUGCAUUGUAGAGACAUGUUAAGAUCCAUAUUAUAGCACACAAAUGAUGUUUCAAUCUGAAGUGCUGUGGUUCCUAAAGCAUCAUAUGGGAACUAUUGAUUUGGUUAGAGUUUCCUGUCCAACCAGCGCAAUCCAGAAAUAUAUGUACAGUAGUCUUUCCUUUUUUAACAUCAUAACUUCCCAAUUAGGAAGCAAAGCAGAAGCAAGGGUGGAAUAAGGCAAGUUUGGGAUCUGUAAUUUCAGAAAACUUUUCCAGCCUUCCAUUGUAUUGCAACCUGGGAAAAAUAAUUAUAUCAGCGCUAGCCUAAAUAAUUUCCACCGCAAAUACCUGCAGAGGAGACAAAAAAUGUUGAGAAAAGAAAUGGCAAGAACAACAUCCUUCCUGACAUUCAUCCUGUUAUGAGUUUGGUUGGAUAUGGGCUUUCUUGGAAGUUCUGACAUUUAGUAUGGCUUCUGAGCAAGUGACAGUCACUGAAUAUUUCACUAGUAACCCAUGACUUCAUACUGGCAUCUAUGUUCCCAUCUGAAUUGCAGGAUGAAUGGGAACAGAUAGUCUCAUCUGUAUAGUUUAUUGCAGAUGGGCUUAUAUGGCAGGGUAUAUUUUUAGUGCAAGUCCCUCUGGUUUGGGAUGACUUGAAGGAAUGACCUUGCAUUUGAUUUCUAUUUCUAUCUAAUGCCUCCUAAUCCUGCUAUUCAAAGGAGCUUGCUUAAAACAAAAAAAGCAGUGGUCCCUAUAUCUAUAAUAGGGAAACUAUGGUCCUUCAGACAGGUCUGGGUAACAAUUUCCAUCAUUCCCAUCACCAUGCUUAUGCUGCCUGGAGUUUAUGGAAGUAAAGUCCAACAACAAUAAUAUACAUUAUGCCGGAGAACAAUUCCCAUAAUUUAUCUAACAAGCAAAAAAACAAAGCAAAACAAAAGAACAGCCUCUUUCCAAAUUGUUUACUCAACUAAGAAUAAAUUAUGCUGCUUAAUUUUGUUUUGCUAAAAGAAGCAUUCUUUUUCCCCUUUAUUUUUUAAAAAUACAAAAAUCGUAACUUUAUUAAUAUAAAACUAGGCUGUAAAUACAAUGAAAAUCUAAUAACCUGGGCAGACUUUGAUGCUUAUGAUUAUAAAUUCUGAACAACUCAUUUUGCAAUAAAUAUGACUGUUACGCAGUGUUUGAGGUCCAAAUAUUCAGAAUUCCGAACAGAUUCAGUUUUUGAGGUAGUGUUGCCCACAUAUUUGGGGACAAACCAUUACUUUUGAAUGUUUGACUUGACAAACCUACUACUUAAACUAUCUUAUUCACUGUUAAAUAAACAAGGGCAUGCAAACAGAUUGUUGAACAUUUUUUAUAUAGGGGCAGCUGGUUAUUUUUCUAAAAACUCAUUUUUAAGGCUCCAAGAACAAUUUAAUCACACAAGCUACUUAAAUUCAACAUUUUAUCUCCAUCAUCAAUAUGUAAUUGCUCUGUAAAAUAUGCGCUGAAUUCUGUGUGUGUUUCAUGACAUUUUCUUUGUUCUGGCUCCAAAGCUUGACAUUUUCAAGUGGGAGCACAUGUGACCGCCAAUCUCCCCCAUCCCACAUAAUGAAAUGUGCAUAAAACAUGUUUUCUAGUUUAAGAGCUACAUAUCCUUCAUAUCAAAGCACAAUACUGAAUGCAUAUUAUUCCAUUUCCUUCCAGGAUAUUAGCUUUUUUGUGAUGGAUGGAGCAUAUUGUCAUGACAGAGGGUUCAGUGAUGCAAGGCAACAUGGUUUAUUUCUGUAGACAAGAACCUUUUGGGGCACAGAGCAGGAAAAAAAAGGGAUUUAAAAUUGUAUUCUAUAAAAUAUAACAUUUCAAAGCCAUUGUCAUGCACUUCACUAAAGUAAAUGUGACUUAUUUUGAUGAAAGAUAAACACGUGUAUUGCCGUCUGAACCAGGGAUGGACGAUUUCUGGUGUCUGCAUCAAGGAGACCUCACAGCUAUAGGCUCUUUGCUUAUAUAUUUACUAAGCAGAACAGAGAAACCAAUCUGGAACAGUGUGGAAAAAAGAUCUUGAGUAUCUUUCCAGUUGAAUUAACUGGCUUUUUUUCUAAUUGAGACUCUCCAUGGGCCAAAUCCAACAGUAUUCUCCUAAUGCAGCCUUUUGCACAUAUCCCAAGUCUGCCACAAAUUUUGGGAACAGGGAGGAGUUGGAGGAGGAGGAGGAGGAGGAGGAUCCACCAGUAAUGCCUGCUGUGCUACUGGAAGGGUUAUGCCUUUGAACUCAAUCUUUGCUCCCUGCACAUCAACAAGGGGGCAGCUUCCCACAUCUCUAUGUCGCCAUGCUAUAAGAAGCAUCAUCUGUUGAAUUUUGGCCUGUGGAGAAGCUGCUCAAAACAUUGAAGCUCUGUCAGGGAAAAGGUGGCACUCUUUUCAUGCAGCAAAAGAAAAGGGCUGACUUAAGAUUCAGGAAUUAAUAAUUGGAGCAAAAGUCUGUGAAGUGAGGGAGGGCAGUAGAAAUGUCCAUAGACCCCAAAUGUCAAUCCAAGAAUGAUGUCUGUCCAAGAAUAUGAUUGCUAUGCAUUAAUAUGAGUUUACACAUCUUCUGAAUGUUAAAGAUAUGCUAUAUUGUUCAGUGGUAUCUUUCUGUAUAAAUUGUUUAAAUUUUAAUUGUAAUAGAAGAAAUACUGAAAGUUAUAUUUAAAAAAAUACUGGUAUAAUAUAGAUGGAAGAAGAUGCUAUAUUGCUGACACUACAUUUUAUUAACUCAAGGGCUGAUUCAGUCGAGGGAGGUUGUGAUAGGAUGUUCUUCUAGUGCAGCAGGAACUAUUUUUCCAUUUUUAGGUGAAAAACCUUGUACCUAAUUUGAGUUCUGCCUGGAGCGCGCUCUAUUGUGUACAGCACUGCUUUUCACAGGGCGACUUCUCUCCUACCUUCAACUGAAAGUUGAGAAGUCCAGGAGUGCACUUUCUCAAGGAAACAUGUUGGAAUUGGUUCUUAAUCUUUGUCUUUUGAUGUGGUUAUGCUGACAAACAUGUCUUUUGUGGCAAGUUUCUAUGGUGUUAACAGUUUACAAGGUCUACACAGAACCAAUUCUUCUAGUGUGAAAUGGCCUCGUUUUGAGACUGUAAGGCAAUUUCCCCCAACAUUGUACCCUAGAUAUUUUGGGAUUUCCAUUUUCAUAAAGCCCAAGCAGCAUGCCCAGUAACAUAUCUGGAGGGCAACAGGCUGGGGAAACGCCCAUAGUGAUUUGUAUUGCAAUAACCUAGAUUUUAUGCCAAAUUAAACUCUAGUUUGUUUGCUUUUUUCAUCUUGAACAUUGUAAGGACUUAUCCAAGUGAAUGUACUGACCUUGUCAUUUACUCACAGAUGAUUAGAUCAAGAAUCCACAUCUCAAAAUUGUAAUGUGUUUCUGGGUGUACAUUUGUACUAUAUGGAAGUUCUGAUCAUUUCUGGUUUUACUCUAGGAAAAAAGACGUUUGGCAUAAUGCAAUCUAGAAGGAAUGCCCUUGAUUUUUAUACAAAGUGUACCAAAUUUAUGAUGUAUAACAAUUAUAUGUUAACUUGUUUACUAAAUUAAAAAGUCAAUUGGUUUGAGUUUGUAUUACCCUGCUA